GAGCCAGUUGGUGGAGUCAUCGUGGGAUUCAUCGGCACCAGCCGCAGAACAUCAGCUGCACAGCCGAGAGCGACAAGCCACCGACCUGCAGCAGCACAGAGGACAACAUGAGCAACAUGAGCAGAUGUCUGAUCAGCCAGGUGGAGGUGCAAAACUUCAUCGAGAGGUGUAUGAUGGCCGUGGGCACCAAGCAGCACCAUGCUCGCAGCCUGGCCGAGGUCCUGGUGGAAGGAGACCACAGAGGCCACUACAGCCACGGACUCAACAGGAUGGACAUGUACGUAAAGGACAUCCAGACGGGAAUCUGUGCCAAGGACGGUGAGCCGGUGGUGGAGAAGGAGAGCGCAGCCACGGCGCUGGUGGAUGGGAAGAACCUCCUGGGUCCUGUGGUGGGGAACUUCUGUAUGAAUCUGGCCAUAAAGAAGGCCAAAGAAGUUGGUAUUGGCUGGGUGGUGGCACAUGGUUCCAAUCAUUACGGUAUUGCUGGAUACUACGCAAUGCAAGCUCUGAAGGAAAACAUGAUUGGCAUGUCAUUUACCAACACGUCCCCACUGGUGGUUCCUACACGUGGUAAAGAGUGCACGUUGGGCACCAACCCCAUCAGUGUGGCGGCUCCUGCUAAAGACGGAGACAGCUUCGUUCUGGACAUGGCCACAUCAGCAGUCGCACUUGGAAAGGUGGAGCUCCACGAGCGGCGUGGAGACCCCAUUCCUGAGGGCUGGGGCUGUGACGCUCAGGGAAAGCUGACACCAGACCCCAAGAAAGUCCUGAGUGGAGGAGGACUGGUGCCCAUUGGCGGCAGUGAAGCCACAGGAGGGUACAAAGGCUACGGUUUGGGAAUGAUGGUGGAGGUGUUCUGUGGUAUCUUGGCCGGUGCGAAGUACAGCAAACAUGUCCGCACGUGGAAAGUAACAGACCGUGUUGCCAACCUGGGUCAGUGUUUUGUGGCGAUCAACCCAGAGAAUUUUGCUCCCGGGUUCAGCGACAGGAUGUCCGACCUGCUGUCCAUCCAAAGAGGCAUGGAUUCUGCUGAUGCCAACACUCCUGUUUUGACUGCUGGAGACCCGGAGAGGAUGAACAUGAAGAAAUGUGAGGAGUUGGGCGGGAUUCCCUAUCACAUCAAUGUUGUAAACUACAUGAAUGAAUGUGCUAAGAAAAUUGGUGCCAGCCCGCUGCUGCCUUGUGACAAGCUUGUCCCCAUUUAACUGGUCAAGAUUGUCAAGAUUGGAAAAUAUGGCACUUUUGUUCAUCUUGAAGUUCAGACUGAGCAAACACUCUUCAUGCACAUUACAUAUACAUAUACUGCAUGUUGACAGUCUUAUUUUAUUCAUCUGAACCACACUAGUUAGGUAUUUUAAUCUUUU